AUGUCCCUUGGGCUGGAGUGCUUUUGCCUCUGCCCCUGCAAUGAGCUGACCCUGGCUGUUGCACCUCCAUCCUUUCUCCACCGUUCUCCUGCCUUUCCCUGUUGCUGGAAAGCAGACAAAGACACCUUGGAAAGCAAAGUCAGCCGCGCCCAGUUUGAGGCGAGCCUGGAGCUGCUGAACGAGAGAAACCAGGAGGUGCUGAGCCGGCUGGCAGGCCAGGAGCAGGGGCUGCACGAGGUCCAGCAGCAGCUGCGGGAGGAGAUGGCCUCCAAGCUGGAUCGCCUGGAGCUGGGGCCAUUCCAGCAGGAGCUGGAGGAACGCUGGAAGAGCAGCCUCGAGCAGCUCAAGGAAGGGCACCACCAAUGGAAGCUGACGAUGCAGCUGGGAUUCGGAAUGGUUCCCACAGCAUUGGAGGUUUUUGGGCACUCCCCUCUGUGGAUUCUCCUGUGCCUAAGAUGA